GGUGUGUCUGUUCUGUUGGUGUGAGUGGAGGUGUUUGUUUUACCUUACCCUGCCUGUCUGUGAGGUGAGGGCUAAGCGGUGACUGGGUGAACCAGUGCGCAUGUCUGCAGAGCUGUAAUCAGCUGAGAGCUUCCUGCACCUGUCGCUGCUCAGAUCCGGUGAGUCCAGUCGCGGUUUGAAGCCUCCCUUCUGUGACACGCUCGUCUCAACCCUGGAAACCGUGUUGCCAGAUUUGUGAGAAACCAGCAUUUUAGGCCCUUGCAUUACUGGCUCCAAUGCGCCAACUGACGGGGGAUAGAGCAAACCGGAUCUGGUUUCCGUGAGGAACACAAGGAUCAACCGGAACGGAUUUCAUAGCAGGGCUGUAACCAACUGAAGAAGAUGAGGUUUGGGUGUUUAUUUAUGCAGUGUGAUGUCGGGAGGUUGGGGGACAUCUCGUGGUGAUUUUUCUUUACCACAUGGCAGCUGAUCUUUGCCGCUCCUGCUUGAAGCCGCACGCGGCAGGUUUGUGACCAGAAGCGCGGCCCCUUCCUCCUAGUUCUUCCACAUCCAGAGGAUUGACGGCCGGCCUGACAUCAUUGGCGAUCUCUUUGGGAAUGAAUCAUCGCUUUCUCCAAAGGGGAGUUCAGCGAUGCUGACACUGUCGCUGCACCCGUAAACACCACCGCGCGCGCGGACAGAAAAACACCCAGCGCGGCCACAGACAUUCUCUCUAGUCUCACCAUUAAGCAUUUGGAGUCCAAUUGGAGCAAGGAUGGAGGAAAUCCUGCGAAAGCUGCAGAAAGACGCGUCCGGGCACAAGCACAAAGGCAUCCGCGACGCCUGCGUGCACGCCUGCGAGACUCUGGAGUCUCAGAGAGGAUCAAGUAAAAUUUCUUCUUCUCAACUUCGCGAGCGCUGCCUGCUGCCUCUUCAGAUGGCUCUUGAAUCAAAAAACACCAAGCUGGGCCAGGCUGCACUUGCUGGGAUGCAGAAGGUCCUGUGUGACGACAGGUUCAUGGGGGGUGUUGCUGUGGAGACGGAGGUCCUGGAGAAACAGAUGCUCAGCCAGAUGUUAGAGGCCAUCAGGGUCACCCCUUCUCUCCAUGAAGAUUUACAGGUGGAAGUAAUGAAGGUCCUGCUGUGCAUCACUUACUCACCAAAUUUUGACAUCAGUGGAAACUCCAUCCUGCGGAUCGCUCAGGUUUGUAUCGAGACCUACAUGUCCAGCUGUCACCAGCGCAGCAUCAACACUGCCGUGAGAGCCACGCUAAGCCAGAUACUCGGAGACAUGGCGCUGCAGCUGCGGCACAGGCAGGAGGGAGCUGAAGGAGAUGAGGCCACGGCCCCCCCUCUGCAGAAAAGAGAUAUUUCUCCCACCAGCCAGGCUUUGUGUGAAGAUGUGGUGAUGGUUUUGACAGUCUUUUGUGAAAAACUGGAGUCGGUAGACAGUGAAAACCAGUUGCUGCAGCUGCUUUACCUGGAGUGCAUCCUCUCUAUGCUCAGCAGCUGUCCUCCCACAAUGCACCUGUCCAGAAGCUUCACUGAUCUUGUGUGGAAGCAGCUGUGUCCAUCCCUGGUGGCUAUCAUGGGCAAUCCUGUCAAUGACAAAACCAUCACCUCUCAUCACAGCCUGGGAGCACCAGAUCGAGAUCGGCUCUCAGAGAGAUUCAGUCAAGGGCUUGGUCAUGAGGUGGACACUCCGACUGGAGGAGUAUUGGAUCAGGGCAGAGGAUCUGGCUGCUCCUCCAGUGCGCCCGCCAGGAUUGCUCCUGUGGUGCGAACAGUUUGUUACAUCGCAGCCGAACUGGUUCGACUGGUGAGCUGCGUGGAGUCGAUGAAGCCAGUGCUGCAGUCGCUCUAUCACAGGAUCCUGCUAUAUCCACCCCCUCAGCACCGAACUGAGGCAAUCCGCAUCAUGAAAGAGAUUCUGGGCAGUCCGCAGAGACUCUACGAUCUGGCCGGGCCUUGUGUGGCAGAACCUGAUACCAGAAAACGCUCAUUCUCUAAGAGAAAAUCCCACCUGGACCUGCUAAAGCUAGUGAUGGACGGGAUGACAGAGGCUUGUAUGAAGGGAGGCAUCGAGGCGUGUUACUCCUCUGUGUCCUGUGCCUGUGCACUCCUUGGAGCUCUAGAUGAACUGUCGCAGGGACGGAGCAUUCAGCCGGAGCAGGCUCGGCUCAUCCUCAGACGGCUGGAUGACCUCAGAGAUGGAUCAGAGUCGACACGCGAGUCAAUGGAGAUCAAUGAAGCUGACUUCAGGUGGCAGAGACACAUCCUGUCCUCAGAGCAGCCCCCAUGGGAUCCCAGCUCUUCUUUUGCCAGUGUGGCCGCUGCGGGGGCAACUGAAUGUAGCCCUGAUAUCAGCAUCAGCAUCACCACAGAAACAGGCCAAACCACCUUAGAUGUAGAAAUGGGAGAUCUGGGCCUCCAUCAAGGUCCCACAACUCCAGAAGAAUGUGAAGAGGACACUCGCCUCCCCUCGCCCAUUUCUUUUGGUUGUCAAGAGGUGUCCAAAUGCGAACCGAGCCUUGGAUUGGAUCAGAGAAAAAAAACGGAGAAAGAUGUCACACUGGGGCCUGACGGACCAGGAGGGAGAGAAAGAGGCCAUGGGGAAAGAGGAGGUGCAGUUCCUCCAGAUGUGGUGCAGAGGAGUCACACACUUGUCUUCCCUGACAUCACAAACUUUUUGUCUGUGGAGACCAGAACUAAGUCCCAUCAUGGAGGGGGUUCACGAUAUAGCGAGAGCAACUUUAGCAUGGAGGAGCAGGACCUGUCCCGGACAGAGUUUGACUCAUGCGAUCAGUACUCCAUGGCUGCUGAGAAAGACUCCGGUCGAUCCGAUGUGUCGGACAUCGGUUCUGACAACGUUUCACUGGCCGAUGAGGAGCAGCAGACGCCUCGGGACUGCCCCGGCCACCGCUCCCUGCGCACCGCAGCCCUGUCCCUCAAACUGUUCCGUAGCCAGGAGGCGGACCAGCAGAGUGCCAAGCUGUUUGUUCAGUCUCUGUCUGCCCUUUUACCCAGGCUGCUGGGUCUGACCAGCACCGCUGAGGUGGACCUGUCGCUGCAGAAUUUCUCCUCCAACUUCUGCUCUGGACUGCAGGCUGGUGGGAUUCACUCUCCAGGUUUUGAGGCGAGUGACUCUCUGAGCUGUCAGUCCCUGAUGAACGCAGACGGCCUUUACCUGGUGUCCUACCACGCUCUGCUGCUCAACCUUAAGCUCUGCUGCUGUGACUACUACAGACACAGAGCACUCAUACCUGUCCUCAAUCUGAAGGACUUUGUGGGACUGAUCCAAAGUAGCGGGAUCCUUGUAGUUCUGUCUCAGGCCUGGAUUGAAGAGCUUUACCACCAGGUGUUGGAGCACAACCUGCUGGCGGAGGCUGGAUACUGGGGCUCCCCCGAGGAUCACAAGCUGCCCCUCAUCACCUUGCUUACAAACAUUGAUGGACUGGGCAGCAGUGCCAUUGGAGGUCAGCUGAUUAGAAGACCUUCAUCCCAGUCCGCACUGGGCUGUGCCAAGAAUGGCAGCGACACUGUGACAGCAGGAGCUGUGUUUUCACGCUUCAUUCUCACUGGUGUGUGGAAGAACCUGAUCGACGUGCUGUCCACGCCACUCACGGGCCGCAUGGCGGGCAGCUCCAAGGGCCUGGCCUUCAUCCUGGGGGCAGAGGGCCUCAAAGAGCAGAGCCAGAGGGAGAGAGACACCAUCUGUCUGAGUUUAGACGGCCUACGCAAAGCAGCGGCGCUCAGCUGCAGCCUCGGUGUGGCAGCCAACUGUGCAUCAGCUUUAGCCCAGAUGGCUGCUGCCUCCUGUGUGCAGGAAGAAAAGGAUGAGAAGGAGGCGGGAGAUUCUGGAGAUGCCAUCUCACAAGUGAAGCAUCGUGUUGAGCAGCGACUGGAACAGAUGAGUCGUCCUCAGGGAGUCCGCCUGCACACCGCUCAUGUGUUGUGUAUGGACGCCAUCCUAAAUGUAGGUCUGGAGAUGGGCAGCCACAACCACGACUGCUGGCCACACGUCUUUAGGGUGACUGAGUACAUCAGCUCGCUGGAGCACACCCAUUUCAGCGAUGGCUCCUUGCAGCCGUCCUCUCUGACCACCAUCACCCAGCAGAGCCAGCAGGCAGCUGCCAUUGACCAGGGGCUGGAGCUGAGCUGUGAGCCCAGCCCAGAGGCCGCAGAGCUGAGUCUGAGCCAGCCCGUCAUCCAACCACUGUCCAUCCAGGAGCUGCUGAAGGAGAGCAGCAGGGGAGGACGGGGCCUGGACCUGAAGGGUGGCAGCCUAAUGACCGGAACCAGCGCAGCCAAGGCUGUUUGUACGCUUUCAACACAAGCUGACAGGUUGUUUGAGGAAGCAGCUAGCAAGCUGAACCUGGUUGGCCUGGUUGGCUUCCUCCAGCAGCUGAGAAAAGCUUCUCAGUCUCAGCUGUUUGACUCUGUUACAGAUACUGGAGACUAUUCCCUGGCAAUGCCAGGAGAAGCCAAGUCCACUCUGGACCGGCGCAGCACUUUGCAUCUCUUCCGUCUUGGUGAAGCCAUGCUGCGGAUCGUCAGGAACAAGAACCGACCUCUGCUUCACAUGAUGAGGGCCUGGAGUGUGGUGGCGCCACACCUGGUGGAGGCUUCAUGUCACAAAGAAAGACACGUGUCCCAAAAAGCCGUGUCCUUCAUUCACAACGUCCUGACGGAGGUGUUGACGAGCUGGGCGGAGCUUCCUCACUUUCACUUCAACGAGGCGCUCUUCAGGCCUUUUGAGCACAUCAUGCAGCUGGAACUCUGUGACGAGGAUGUGCAGGACCAGGUGGUCACAUCAAUUGGAGAACUGGUGGAGAUGUGUUCCCCACAAAUCCUGUCAGGAUGGAGGCCUCUGUUUAGCGCUCUGAGGACUGUCCACGGUAGUAAAACUGAGACUAAGGACUACUUGCUGGGGGAAUACUCCAUGGGGAAGUCUCAGGCGCCAGUGUUUGAUGUCUUUGAAGCCUUCAUCAACACAGACAACAUUCAAGUUUUUGCAAACGCUGCCACCGACUACAUCAUGUGUCUCAUGAAGUUCGUGAAAGGCUUAGGAGAGGUGGACUGUAAAGAGAUUGGCGACUGUGUUCAUGCGUCUGGCUACAGCUCCACAGACCUCUGCCUGCCUGCGCUCGACUACCUGCGCAAAUGUUCACAGCUGCUGGCUAAAAUAUACAAGAUGUCAUCCAAACCAGUGUUCCUGGGGGCUCGGCUUGCCAGCCUGCCAAUGAGAUCUCAGGAACGAUCCAUCAGUAGCGAGGAUGGGUUGGACAGUGUCCUUCAGGAGUUUGAUGAUGAGACAGGUUUGAUCCAGGUCUGGAUUUUGUUGUUGGAGCAGCUGACAGCUGCCGUGUCAAACUGCCCCCGCCAGCAUCAGCCUCCGACCCUGGAGCUGCUUUUCUCUCUGCUGAGAGAAGUCACUGCUGUACCAGGUCCAGGGUUUGCCAUCUUCUGUGUCAUUCAGCUGCUGCUUCCUGUGAUGUCACGAUGGCUGCAGCGUAGCCACGGCGACCAUUCUUACUGGGAUGUGGCAGCUGCAAACUUCAAGCAUGCAAUUGGUCUGACCUGUGAGCUGGUGGUGGAACACGUCAACAGCUUCAUCCACUCAGAUAUUGGUUACGAGUCACUGAUCAACCUGAUGCUUAAAGAGCUCUUUAAACUGCUGGUGGCUUGCGUGUCUGAACCUGCUGAGACCAUCUCCAGAGUAGGCUGCUCCUGCAUCAGGUACAUCUUGGUCACAGUGGGUCCAGUGUUCACAGAAGAGAUGUGGAGGCUGGCUUGCUGUGCUCUGCAGGAUGCUUUCUCUGCUACAUUAGAGCCUGUGAAGAACCUUCUGGCAUGUUUCCACAGUGGAUCAGACAGUUUCUCUGGAGAUGCUUGUGAAGUGAAGGUUGCAGCUCCGUCUCGUUCACCUUCAGCUGAAGCAGAAUAUUGGAGGAUCAAAGCUGUCGCUCAACAGGUCUUCAUGCUGGACACCCAGUGUUCUGCAAAGACGCCCAACAACAAGGAUGGCUUUGAGCACGCUCAGUCCUGCGUACUCAUCAUCGAGCUCCCCUCCGACCAGCAGUCCAACGGACACGCUCAGAAGAGGAAAAUUGGGAUCCCGUUCCGGACCAUCGUGGUGAGCUUGCUCUCCCACCAGGUUCUUCUGCAGAACCUCUAUGACAUCCUGCUGGAGGAGUUUGUCAAACAGCCUGAAGGAAAUGAAAGAGUCACUCCUGUGACCUCUGACCCCAGGAGACCCACAGCAGGCUUCCUGCGCUACAUCUCUAUGUCUAAUUUAGCCAUGAUCCUGGAUUUGCUGCUCGACUCUUACAGGACGGCUCGGGACUUUGACACUCGUCCUGGGCUGAAAUAUCUGUUGAUGAAGGUCUCUGGAGUUUGUGGAGCUGCCAACCUUUAUCGGCAAUCUGCCAUGAGCUUCAACCUGUACUUCCAGGCCUUGCUUUGUGCCACGCUGAGCCAGGCUGAAAGCAUGACCGCACAGCAGGUGAAAAGGAUCCUUUAUGAAGAUGAAGAGGGGAGCUCCGACUCAUCUCAUCCUGGUUCUGCCUCCUCGGAGGAUGAAGACAUUUUUGAAGAAACGGCACAGGUGAGUCCUCCUCGUGGCAGAGAGAAGCGCCAUCAGUGGCGGCCUCCCGUCACGCCACUCGGUGUACAGCCACUUGGGAGUGCAGACUGGGCCUGGCUGGUCAAACGCCUCUACAAGGUGUGCAUGGAUCUGUGUAACAGCUACAUCCAGAUGCACCGGGACUUGGAGAGCACGCUGGAGCAGUCCCCUCUGCUCAGAGGAGGUGCCGGAGGGGGGACAGAGGCUGUGUUCUUCCUGCCUCUUUUCCAGUCUGAAACACCCACGCCAACAUCCCCAGGCGGACUCUCGAUGAGUGGAACGCCUUCAGAGGACGGGGGUUACAGAUGUCAGUCAGCAGACCUGGGUGCAGUGUCGCCAGGAGACAUGUCUACCCCCAGCCCAAGAUUCAGCUUCACGGGUAGCCUGCCACACCACUUCCGGACAGGAGGAGAGAGGAGGGAAUCCAACAUCACAGGGAGCUCAGUGGGAGGGACUUCUAGUAGCUCUGGGCCAGGACGAAGAAAGGAAUGGUGGGAGAGCGCCGGAAACAAACUGUAUACCAUCGCCACAGACAAAACCAUCAGCAAGCUGAUGAUGGAGUACAAGCGGAGGAAACAACAGCAGCAGCAGCCGCAGCAGAGUCACCUCAACUUGUACAUGAAGGAGCAAGGGCGAGGAGGAGUAGGGGCGGCAGGAGGAGGAGGGACUGUUGGUGCAGCAGAGAGGAGGGCCCCAGAGGAGCCACAGACGCCCCCACAAAGGCCACAGCAGCUGGUUGAUCAGCAGGGUCCCCAUCUGAGGCAUUCAGUCAGUGCUGGCCCAGAGGUGCUGAGGCAGGAGAAGAGGCCACGGUCAGGAUCCACCCUCAGCUCCCACAGCAUCUCACUGAGGGAUUCUGAAGCUCAGAUACAGGCGUGGACCACUAUGGUCCUAACACUUCUGAACCACGUUCUGGCUCUGUCAGAUUCCUCCUUUCUGGCGCUGCAGCCAGUGCUGUACCCCUGCCUGAGCCAGCUGUCCUGUCAUGUAACUGACCCUCGCGUCCGGCAGGCGCUCCGAGAGUGGCUGGGCCGGGUCGGCAGACUCUAUGACAUCGUUGUGUGACACCCCUGCGAGGACCUUGGAAAAAAACUUAAGGAGGCAGCAUUCACUGAAGGAUGUAAGCACACGAAGUGAGAAUUAAGUUUGAAAAUCCAAGCUGGAAGAAUAUGGGCUUACAGACAGCGAUAGAUUUCCAAUGGUACGUUUUCUCACAGUUUCUGAAAACUGGGUGGCAAAUUUGCUAAUGCUUUAAUCUUAUUGUCCCAGUACAAUCAUGAUGUGUGUUUUUUGGUAUCCAGUUGCAUUUCUCAGAGCUUCGUUGCAUUUCUCGGAUAGGCACAAUCCACCCCUGUUUAUAGAAAGCAACGACAUUUCUCCUGCUGAACAUCAUUCAUUCUCUUCUCGUCAGCGCUUCUGUAUUCUGCAGGAAGGAGGUUAUUUUUUUUACCAGCUUUUCCGUCAAAGUAAAGCAAGUGUCCUGGUUGUGAAAAAUGGCAGUUAAUUCCUUCAUCAAAAGGAGGUCACAACAUCUAAGUCCGAAGAUGUGCUCAUUUGAUUUAUUUGAUUGACAGCAUUUUCUUUCUCUGUCCAAGUGAAGCUUUAGGCCUGAUUCAUAAUCUGAUUGUUUGCAUUUCUCUCUCAGUGAAAGAUUAUUUUCCAGAUGCAGUUUUAAAUCUCCUGCAAAGUCAGCAUUUCUCCUUCUGAAUGUCUUUAUCAAUAAAUCUUCUACUAUUGGGUAUUUAUUCAAACUUAUGUGUGUUUUGAUGAUCUGUUCCAGCUGUUGAUUCAUGUAUGAUUAUGUGUGUCAGUGGACACUUUGUUUAAAUGAUUCUUUUUUCCUAUUGGAGACAUCUUGUCUUUUAUGAUUUCUUCUGCUGUAAUUGGCAAACAAACAUAAGAUUACUGCUAGUUUUGCUGCUUUGAAGCAGCACCUUUUAGAAUUGUAUUACUGGAGUUGUAUUUUGAAAUUCAGAAUAUUUAAAAAAGGCAUAGAUUCUUCUAAUAACUCUGGGAUAAUGAAGUGUCUUCUUUUUAUAAUCUUAAAUUUGCACCUUAGCCAAUUAAGCCACAAGGUUUGAACUAAGCCUUUGAAUUUUCUACCCAAAUUUGAAGUCGUCCAAAAGUAACAAAUGUUGAAGUUCCUCAAAUGACCAUUAGAGGCUGGUUUCAUAUGUCGCCACUUACCCUAACAGCUUCAUCAUGAAGCCAUUUGGAUAAGAAGACAAUAAGUCCAGAUGUCAUGACCCAACUUCAGGACAUGGAAGAAUAAGAAUCUUUGACAUAUCUCAGUUUAUGGUUUUUUCCCUUUAUUUUAAAUGAAUGACAACAGAAAUGACUGGAUUUUUGUAAAUAAAUCAGCUGUUUUAGCUUUAUGGAAGAAGGUCUAGUUUGUCCAUAAUUAUGGGUGAGCUUUUGCUACUAAAAGAUGGGUGGGCAUAAAAACGUGAAACGUAUAUUCCUGCUUGAGUUAAGAUGGCCUUUUUACCUUUUAGACUACAAACGUCAGAAAUUAGUAAUCCAGUUAUUGUUUAUGCUUGAGGCGAAUGUAUUUAUUUAUAUUUCAAAGUAAAUGAUGAAUCCAUAAUUAAUUUCCAAUCCCCGCACUUUGGAAGGACCAAAAUGAAGAAAGAAAAAAUCACAAAACAUAAGAAUCUAGAAAUACAAACUCCUGCACAGAGUCCUGUUAAUUUUCUAACAGAACUGUUUUUUUUUAAUGAAAACUCUAGAGAAUACAUUAUAAAAUCCUAUUCCUCCUAUAACCAUUAAGAACAUUUUAAUUUAUUAGUAUUUUAAACAAUAUGGCUGCAGUAAAAAAUAAAUUUCAGGCUGCUCUGACCAUCUUUUUUAUGUUCACUUUAGCACAAGUUGUGAAUGAUAAGAGUAUCAAACUGAUGCUGAACUCAUCAUAUUGAGGGCAGGGAGGAUGGGGCUUGUGAUGCUUUUAAGAAGAUUUACUUUUUUUUUUUUUUUUUUAACCUACAUUGACCACCCGUGUUCUGUUUCCUUCAUUUUCCUUCUGGCUUUGCCGCUGUCCUCUCAUUGAAAGUUUUCUGCUUUUCUCACACCAACACUGCAGUGAACCACAUAUUCAUGUUGAGAAGAUGGUUAUGGAUUCACCAUUUAAAAUCUACAUUGAUAUUUUGACUGUCAGUUGUACACAGCUCUGGUGGCUUGUGACCAAAAUGAAUAAAAACCAAAGUGAUCCCAGGAAGAUGCACUAAAAA